AUGGCCAGCAACUUCUCCAGGGUUUUGUCCUCCAAACGCAACAUUGGAAUCCUCUCGGUGGUCGGCGGCUCUCUGACGGCCGGAUUUUUGCUGCACCGGCAGCACGUCAGCGCUGGAACAUCGGGGCGCAAGCUGUACCCCGCCAGUGCGGAGUACCCCGACCUGCGCAAACACAACAACUGCAUGGCCAGCCACCUGACGCCCGCUAUCUAUGCCAAGUUGUGCGACAAGGUCACGCCCAGCGGGUACACACUGGACCAGGCCAUCCAGACAGGCGUGGACAACCCUGGGCACCCUUUCAUCAAGACGGUCGGCAUGGUGGCCGGAGAUGAGGAGUCUUACGAGGUGUUUGCGGAUCUGCUUGACCCCGUCAUCAAAGAGAGGCACAACGGCUACGAUCCCCAAACCAUGAAACACCCCACCGAUCUUGACGCUAGCAAGCUCCAGUCUGGUCUAUUCGACGAGCGCUACGUGCUUUCGUCCCGGGUUAGGACAGGCCGCAGCAUCCGUGGGCUGAGCUUGCCCCCCGCCUGCACCCGGGCAGAACGCAGGGAAGUGGAGCGUGUGGUAGUGGAUGCCCUCGCUGGUCUCAAGGGCGAUCUGACCGGGAGGUACUACAGCUUGACCCAGAUGACAGAUCAGGAGCAACAGCAACUCAUCGAUGACCAUUUCCUGUUUGACAAGCCGGUGUCCCCGUUGCUGACAUGCGCAGGAAUGGCCCGUGACUGGCCCGACGCGCGAGGUAUUUGGCACAACAACGACAAGACCUUCCUGAUUUGGAUCAAUGAGGAGGAUCACACAAGGGUCAUCUCCAUGGAGAAGGGAGGCAACAUGAAGAGAGUGUUUGAAAGGUUCUGCAAAGGCCUCAAGGAGGUGGAGCGCCUGAUCCAAGAGCGAGGCUGGGAGUUCAUGUGGAAUGAGCGUCUGGGUUACAUCCUCACUUGCCCCUCAAACCUGGGCACCGGACUGCGGGCGGGCGUCCACGUCAAAUUGCCCCUACUAAGCAAGGACCCUCGCUUCAGUAAGAUCCUGGACAAUCUGCGCCUGCAGAAGAGAGGGACAGGCGGCGUAGAUACCGCUGCUGUGGGUGGAACGUUUGACAUAUCCAAUUUGGACCGCCUGGGACAGUCUGAGGUCCAGUUGGUUCAGACGGUAGUGGACGGCGUCAACUACCUGGUAGAGUGUGAGAAAAGACUAGAGAAAGGCCAGGACAUCAAGGUGCCCGCGCCCAUCAAGCAGUUCAAGUAG